CUGUCUUGGGGGCACAGUGUCGGGGGCACAGAGCCAUGUCUGACCUGCUUCUCCUAGGCCUGAUUGUGGGCCUGACUCUGCUGCUGCUGCUGACACUGCUGGCCUUUGCUGGGUACUCAGGGCUGCUGUCUGGGGUGGUGGUGAGUGCCGGCUCACCCCCCAUCCGCAAUGUCACUGUGGCCUACAAGUUCCACGUGGGGCCCUACAGCGAGACUGGGAGGCUUUUCACCGAGAGCUGCAGUGUCUCCCCCAAGCUCCGCUCCAUCGCCGUCUACUACGACAACCCCCACAUGGUACCCCCUGAGAAGUGCCGCUGUGCAGUAGGCAGCAUUCUGAGUGAAGGUGAGGAGUCACCCUCCUCUGAGCUCAUCCAGCUCUACCAGAAAUUUGGCUUCAAGGUGUUCUCCUUCCCGGCACCCAGCCAUGUGGUGACGGCCACCUUCCCCUAUACCUCCACCCUGUCCAUCUGGCUGGCUACCCGCCGUGUCCAUCCUGCCCUGGAUGCCUACAUCAAGGGGCGGAAGCUGUGUGCCCACCCUCGGCUAGAGAUCUACCAGCAAGACCAGAUCUAUUUCAUGUGCCCGCUGGCACGGCAGGGAGACUUCUACGUGCCUGAGGUGAAGGAGACAGAGCGGAAAAGCCGAGGGCUCACAGAGGCCACUGACGCCCAGAUGGAUGGCACAGAUACAUGGAUCCAUGUAGAUGUGGAUUUACACAUGUUACCCCUGGCAACACAGAUACAAAGACCCUGCCUGGAUUCCCUUCAGAUGCAACAGGGAGUACCCUUGGAAACUGAGCUCACAGACAGCUGGAUGCUCAUGGGAGGUGGAUGCAGCUGUUUGGGAAAAGCAUCACUUGGGUGGGGCUCAUCAGGGAGUAAGCCUGGCACUGGAUCUGGAAGGUACAGGGGGAACAGGUUGUUCUCCUGUCCCCCUGUAUGGAACCCAGCCAGAAGAAGGAUGCUUUCUCCCUUCUGAAGAGCAGCCAGAGAGCAUGCAGAGGGCAGCCAGAAGAUCAGUGCCUGCCCCUUCCACCAGAGCCAGCCUUCAUAUCCCAAGUCCAGGCCAGCUGGUGGUUUGCCUGCUCUCAGUCCCCCUCCCUUCCAUCACCUCUCCGACCCUGGGCUGUUCCCAGGAGCAAGGGGGCCUGCUGGUAAUAUCCUAAGGAAUCCAGCCCUUGUCCAUGCUCGUGGAGCCUUGUGUAAUCGAUUCUGGAGGCCCAAGAUCUGUGGGAGUGGUACAGGGCUGGAGAAGAGCAGCUGUCCCUCUCUCUUUAGAUUUCGUCUGCCCAGCCAGUCUUCCAUAGCCAAGGUCACCCUAGAGUGGUGUACGUUGUAGCAGGGGGUGGGGGUACUGAGAGUCAGUCUCCACUCCCUAGAGGCCAUGUCCAACACAGUUAACUUCAUCUGCCACUUAAUUAUCUCCAUGGGGCACUGCUCCACCCGCCUGGUGGAGCCCAGCAGACAUUCUUCAGUGCCCCUACUGUGGGCACAAGACAUGGCACAAGGUCACCAGGCCCAGGCAGUCCCCAGGAAAGGAAGGGGGAGUGCCUUGACCUUCCUUCAACCUCCCUGUGCUGCUUACACCCCACCCGGGCCCCCCGUCCUUGGCCCACCCACCCAGCUUCUCUCCCAAACACUGCCUGCCAGGGGUGUUGAAGGACUGCUUGGCACCUGCUGCAGCUGGCUGCAGCCGUGGCUCCCACGCCCCCAGAGCCUUGGCCUGUCCUCCCCACUAGCCUGCCGGCCCACUCCCUGGUGGGGGCACCAAGGGGUCUGCCCACCUCUGACAGGGUCUGCCCUGACACCCAGGGCGGACUCUGAGCAUGUGUCUGCCAGGUGCAUGUCAUUUGCAUGGCAGUGUGUGCUGGGUACUUGGCUGCCCAGGGCUUGGCCUGCCCCUGCCUGCCUCCCUACUGGGGCCUCCACUUGGGCUAGGAGGUGAAAGGGGAUGAUUAGCUGCCUUAUGCCUGUUAUUACAUUGAUGUAUUAUUUAGCUCCAGAGAAGCAAUGAAUAUUUGAUCUCCCUGCACUGGCUGUGGGCGUUGGAGGAAGGAGGGACUGGGGUGAAGGUGGUAGCUUCAUUCCCUGCCCCAGCAGCCCUAGAGACUUAGGUGCUAUUCUUCCUUGCCAGGCCUCCUGUGCCCUGGGACACAGGCCCAAGACUCUGGAACUUCCUCUGGUGCAGACCUUGGUAGGCUUAGAGGGAUGCCACUUCCCUGCCUUGGACUCAUUUGCCAGAAAUGUCCCCAGGGGCUGUCCUUAUCCCAGCAUACUGGGCCCCAGCCUGAAGGGGCCUCCCUGGGCUCCUUCCUCUGAUCACCCCUAGCCUAGGAGCUGGGAGAGGGAGGAGAAGGCAGCUGGCAGCUAAGCAGGCAGGUUCCCAUAUCCAGAUCCCAAGAGAGCCAUUGGGUAAGUGGGCUGGUGGAACAUGACAGUUUAAUGGGGCCUGGGGGCCCCAUUUCAUUUGCUCUUUUCAGGCCUACAGCCCCUGGUGCACUGAUUAUCAGUUAAGGAGUGACUAAGAGGCUGGAGUCCUGCCCCAGAGUCAGAAGGAACCACCCAUAACUCAGGAUGUAACCCAAGGUCACUCAUGGAUGCCUCUAUUCUGGGCAUCAUGAUUGGGGCCCAGCCAGAAGAGGGCCCUGGACCAGAAGCCUGGCACUUCCAGGGUCCACUUCACCUCUGCCAGUUGGCCCAAAGGACAUCUUCUCAGGGCCAAGGGGACUGGAGAGCGGACUCCAAGUCUCCCCAUCCUUACGCUAGUCCCCAUCUGAGGCACAGUGUAAGUUCCAGGCCAAGUCCAAAUGCCAAGCAUUCCCCAGCUGCUCCUGGCUCGGGGCUGCAUCACCAUGGAGACAGGAUCUGGGGAAGUUGGCCCACCCUUCACCUCUGUGAUGUUUGACAGCUGCCCCUCUCCCUCUCACAUAGGAAGGGAGACAUAUCAGCCUUCUCUCAAUCUGGAUUCUUACACAGCAGGCCUGAGCUCUUUGUCCCUCCUUGCCCCCUGCCAACUGUUGUCAGUUUCUCUGAUCUGGGGAGAUGAAUUGAAGGGUUGCUCCUGAAGAGGGCAGAUGAAGUGUCUGCUUGCCUGGAGGAUGUGUUAGGGGUGGGAGGAACAGACUGGGAGGGACCUGGACUAUCACCCCUGUCUCAGGGCUCUCCAGCUGCCCUCAGAGUGCUCUCCUGGUCCCCUUCUGCUGCCUUGCGGCUCAGGAAUCACCAGUCGUUGGAGAUAUUUAAGGGCUCCUCUGGGAUGACCCAUGCAUAUGGGAAGAAAGCCUUUAAAAUGCUUUAUCCCAGUACCCUCCUUCCUUGCAGCUGGUUUCCUAGGACUUCUCCAUCCCACUCCUGCCCUAGCUGCCUCCUCAAAUCAGGGCUCUGUGGGCCAGAGGCUGAGGCCAGCUGCCUUCCUGGAUACGGCUGCUCCUUGGGGAGCCCUGCAUGAGGGAGGGGACAAGAGAGUAGGCCUCCUGGUCCAUUCUCCUGUCCUCAUGCCUUGUAGGCACUGUCUGUAGCUGACCUUGAACAAACCUUUCUCUAAGCCUGAAAUGGGGGGUGGAGGAGGGGACAGUACUUGAGUCUUUUUGUUCUACCCUUAGCUCCUCACCUCAGGGCUGAGUGGUCCUUAAUGGACUGUUGGGGGGUGGGGGUGGGGCAGCAGGCUUUGUGAGCGAGCAGGGAGCUGUGAGGCUAUUUCAGGGGAGGGAGAGGAGUGCACAGCUGACUGCCCUCCCUCACCCUCUCUUCCUUUGCCCUGUCAGUGCAGCCCUGCUCAGGGCAGAGGCCAGAGGCCAGCUGCAACGAGUCUCCUGAGCCAGGGCCCGCUUUAUUAUUCAUGAGCACACUAUGUAUGCUGGAUUGCUGAACAAGUGAUAAGGCCUCUGUCCUCUCCCUGGAGGAGGGGAGGGCAUGGGGGUCCUAGCUAAUGUGUACUCCCUCU